AUGGCUUCCGCCGAGCCAACCCCUACCAUACAAUACGUUAGCCAGCAAUAUGGCGACAACGUACUGCAGCAGGUCGGCAUCUGGGAGAUGCCCCAGCAGAGGGGUGGCUACUGGAUAGUAUACAUACACGGCGGCGCCUGGCGCGACCCCAAAAUCACUCACCUCACCUUCCUCCCCACGGUCGAUCAGCUUCUAUCAGCGGGCAGACUACCACCAAAUUCUAUCGCCGGGUUCGCUAGUAUCGACUACCGCCUAUCGCCUCAUCCCGACCAUCCUCAAGACCCUGCCGCAACGCCCACGUCGGAGCUGCGUCAGGCGAGGCACCCCGACCACAUCCGCGACGUUCAAGCUGCCCUCCGCUUCCUGAGCAGGGAACAUGGCGUCAAGGAGGACAAGUACAUUCUCGUCGGGCACUCGGCUGGUGCGACGCUGGCGAUGCAGCUCUUGAUGGACCCCUCAUCGCGCGCUCCCGAGCGCGCGGAAGAACACGUCCCACUCCCAGCAGCCAUUGUUGGCGUCUCAGGCAUCUACGAUCUGGUCGGCUUGGAUGAACGUCACGACGGCAACUACACUGGCUUCAUCACCUCGGCCUUUGGUUCUGACAGGAAGAUAUGGGACGUGGCCUCCCCCGUCAACUUUACUGGCAACUUCCAGACCAACUGGCCGAAUGCCAAGUUGGCCGUCCUUGCUUGGUCGCGCGAGGACACACUGAUCGACGAGCCAGAAAUCGACAAGAUGGCCGCCAAGUUGAUCAAAGAUCGCCUCAAUGUGUCAGUCACCAAGAGUCUGACUGGCGAGCAUGACGAUGUAUGGGGGAGCGGCCAGCAGCUCGCGCGCUUGAUUGUCUUGACUCUGGCUCAGAUCAGGGAGUAG